AUGAUUUAUUCAACCAGAAGACGAUACGUGGUUGUAACGAUCUUUUUAACUUCGGUGUUUUGGUUGACAGUAGAGCUCAUUCUUUUAAGUUAUACAAACCGCUUAAACGAUGAGCAAACGAAAGGGAACAUUGAACUUCCGGAAGCAUGGAAUUCACGACAGAGCUAUGAGAAUCACCCGAUUGCCGACGUGUUGAUACCCAUAGAAGAUUUUAGAGCGCUGUAUGUGACAUCAAUCCCUCCAAAUCCCGAUGGACCUGGAGAAGCGGGGAAAGCUGUUUACAAUGACAAAGACGAUCCUCUUGAAGUGGGCAAAGAGAAAGAAGGCUACAGUAAAUAUAGUUUCAACGAACUUGCAAGCGCUAAGAUUUCGUUGGAGAGAUCUAUACCGGACAAUCGUCCGCAAGAGUAAGUAUUUUUAAAAUAUUUCGUAUCGUGUUAUGUAGCGAUGUGCUUAUGGUAUUUAAAUUUGAUUUUUGUUUUGCUCUUUUAAGGUUUGGCUCAGUCAAGCGGCGAAAUCAACAACUUUGAAUCAGCCACAAAAUUGUGGCUGAUAUAAAACAUUUAUGGCAACUUGAUGAGAUCAAAGAUCAACUGCUGAUUAUAAUAAAGCAUUUUGGCUCAAAUUUAGCAACUGCAAUGGUUUCAAAUGAAAGAGGAAAUCUCUUAAACUGAUUAGAAGUUUCGAAAUUUAUUUUCCGCUGUUUAGCGACUGUCUGAAACUUUGUUGAUGUUCAACUGGUAACAUUAUAGUUUGGGUUUUGCAGCAGACACCACUUGGCAGGUGGACUUCACAGUUUGAAGACUAAAUACUUGUAGUACAACGAAAAAGCCGAAACAAAAAAGUAUUUCGUCGAGAAGAAUAUAUUAAGUAGUUUAGGUACGCUAAAUCUACGGCGAUCGAACUUGUAUUUGUAUUGUCCUAUCGCAAUGAUAAUGCCCUUCGCGGUUUUAAUUUUUUUAAUUUUUUUAAUUAUCUUCUUGUUUGUUCUUAUCUGUCCCAACAAAAAUAGAAGUUUAUUCGGCUUAGAAGGCCUUAGGUAUUUGCCAAUUUUUUUUCCAAAUACGAUAUCCUUUUCUCUUUUCGCUGUUUUCCUUGAAUUUGUAGUCCGACGUAAUGCAAAUGUUUGCCAUGGCGGCUGAUCCAAUUCUUCGAGCAUAUUGUGCUUUUAGCGGCGUCCUGAUAAUUUGGGCAGGUUAUUCAGAGACUUUGAGACUUACUACUUUAUAGUGUCCACCAAAAAAAUGUACACCACAGUAUCACUAUCACUGAAUUAUAAGCUUGAUGUAGCAUGGUGAUUGUUGAAUAUCAAGAGUCAAGCAAUGGUCUUUCUCAACAGGUGCCUCAGUCUAAAGUAUCCAUCCAAUCUUCCCACAGCCAGUGUUGUUAUUAUUUUUCAUAACGAGGCGUGGACGACUCUCUUACGCACAGUGCACACAGUUUUAGCACGAUCACCCCCUGAGUUUUUGAAGGAAAUUAUCUUGGUAGAUGAUUGCAGUAACUACGAUUCGUAUGGUAAGUGGAGCGGUGGAGCGUGACACUGAAGUUACGACACUAGUAAAUCACAGAUGAAACCAGCCUAAACAAUUCUUUGAAAAGUUAUGAAGUAAAUUUUGGACAAAAAGUCGAGUGAAAGCGUUUCUUAACAUCAGUUUGUUUCAAACUCUCUAUCAAGUUUACACGUGUAGAAUACCAAUCGAGUUGUCUAUUAAACUUUUAUAUGCAUGGGCCAGGUGACAAAAAGCAUCGAUUGAGGGUGAAAGUUUACCUGAAAAUUAAUUAAAUUCCCGAUAUUUUCUUAAGGCAAUAUCUUGGCAAAUAAAGAAAAAAUUGGCACAAAACGUUUUCCGUUUUAAAUGCGUGUGGCCAAAUUUACAUAGUCCCACGCGAAAAAGUAUUUGCCUUUCAUAAAAAACACCGGAAGAAAUGUUGGUUUGGUACUGCAGGUGUUUGGGAGAACUCACUUGUUUGUCAUUCUAGCGGACCAUCCUCGGAGACCCAGAAACCAUUUGGAAGCGAAAUUGCUGCGGGCAGAGGUUUGUACAAGAAUUGCCUGCAUUUAUUUCUUCCGUGAUUAUUCCGCCCCCGUUAGCCAUCUCUGGGUCUCCAGGACUGGAGGCUAAAGUCCAUCCAAGCUCAGCGGGAUCCGUCUCAUCGGCAGACAAGUUUCUCAAGCGUUAGUGAUAAGAGGGCUGCUGGUGGUGCUGGAAAGGCUUGCUGCAAAUCUGUCUGGGCGGGGCUGUUCAAAGCUGGGUGGAGUCGUCUUCGCAACGCGCACUACGGUGGGAGCGGGGGUUGAUGGGAAGGGAGAGGUGUGCGAAACGCGAAAGCCGUCUGUACUAUAGCGGCCGUCUUGAAAUCUGGUUAUUGUUUCUGUGGGGAUCCAAUAGCAACGAUCCAAAAUUUUAAGGCUUUCUUCCAAAGAGAAAAUAUAGAAGGCAUCCUCCAUACACACCCUAUUCCAUAGGUAAUUCGUCUCGAGUUAUUUUUAAGACACACA